GGGCGAGGGGUCGAGGCUCAGCAGGCUGCAUGCUUGCCUGAGGGAGCGAGGGAGGGCGUGAGGUGGCCCCUGCCGCUGGGGGUCCCCUUCUUAUGAGGCAGAUGGGAGUGGGAAGGGGUUCUCGCUGUGUGAGGUGGAGUGAGCUGGAAAAGGACCUGUCAGUGGCACGGGGAUGGCGAUGGGGAAAGGUGGUGAGGUGGGGAGUAACGGCCAGGGCUGGGACGCCAUGAUGCCCCUCAGCCUUUGAGGCCACUGUGGUUUCCUCCCAGGGCACCAAGGCUGUGGUGGAAGCAGGUGGGUUCACCUGGUAAAAUGCCCCACAUGUGAGACUCACUCAACUAAUACUUUUUUCAGGUCUUUUUGUGCAGGGAGAAAUAAGGAGGUGAGUUCCUCUGAAAAAGAAUGUUAAAUCUGCAUCUGUGGUUUGGGAAUAUUUGCAUCAGCUAAAGCAAGGAGCUACACAAGAUGGACGAAGGCUGUGCGGGGUUGCAAGGCUGUUUUAAGGUUUCUAGAGGAAUUGGGGAGUUUGUGCUGUGCACACUGAUUUUUCAGUGAAGUACAUGUCAGUAUGCAAGAUAAAUAUGUGUUAGUAAAUAUAUUUUCAUGCAGUUUAAAGUUGAAGAGGGAUUUUUUAUAUAUAUAUUUUUCUUUGGCAGCACAAUCAGACGUGUUUUUAAAACUAAGGAUUUAAGGAUUUUUAAAAUUAUAUGUAAUUUUAAAUUUACAUUGAAAUGCUUUGUAUCUCCUUCUAUCAGGGGAAGAUAAGAGAAGAAAUACUGCAGUAAGGAUACUGUAUCCUGCUAUUUUCUGUUAUCUUUGUGUAUCUUGAUGAAGUGCUAAGGAAAAGGCUUGCUUUUAUCAUUCUCGCAUUUAAUGGCUACAGUUAUUCUCCUUUCCUUCUAAAUAAAUACCUACUCCAUAAAUACUUGUAAAAUAAUACACAUACUAUAUAAAAAUAAGUGAUAGUAAAGUGUGUUUUUUUUUAAAGUGUGUCUGUAGAAACACAAAUAUGCAAGCUACAUUAGAAACACAUAAAGAGGUGUAAUGGCUAAUAAUAAAGCUAAUGCAGAAAGUGAAAAUUGAUCAGGAUUUUUAAAAACGACAUGUGUGUGUUUAUUUGUGUGUCUAGCAUAGCAUGGGUUAUAGAACCAGAUUGUUUUUCAUCUUCUAUUGCUUAUGUAUUUUGUAGGACAAGAUAUUAGUGUAGCUCUUUGGGAAUCUGGUAUCAAAUCUGAUAAAACAUAAAAUAAACAUCAUGGAAACUGAGCAGACAAGCACCUUAAGAGCACUUUCUUAAGAGAAUAGUUUACUUUUCAACAUAUGAAAGUAUGAUCCCACUAGCCCUGCUAUUUUUGACCCUGUUCUUAAAAGCACCACUGAUGGUUAAUCCUGUGAACUACUUCAAAAAUAAAACAGUUUGACUGCUUCUUGUCCUUACAGGUGGAGAUUGUUACAGGGGUGUAAAUAACAAACAAAUCAAUGUAAAUAUGAAAACAUAUUCAUCUUCCUGUGGGAAAAGUUAUGUUUCAGCGCUAUGUUUCAAUAGGAAGAAAAUCUCAUUAUGGCACCAUCGGGAAGAAAGCAUUCAGGAAAAGCUGGUAAACCAGCACAGGAGGAUCAAGUGACACCUCCCUAUGACUUUCCAGAGGAAGGAAAAGAGCUGAGUGGAUCAGAGGAAGAUAUUAGAGAAGGUGAAACACCAGUAAUGGAGAAGCAUGGCAAGAAAAGACCUUUGGUGACUACUCAUGUGGUUCCAGAUGAUGUCGGGGGUGAAGUACAGAAUAUGCUGGAGAGGUUUGGAGCUGACAUUAACAAAGCUCUCUUAGCUAAGAGGAAAAGAUUAGAAAUGUAUACGAAAGCUUCACUCAAAACCAGUAACCAGAAAAUUGAACAUGUCUGGAAAACACAGCAGGAGCAAAGGCAGAAGCUCAAUCAUGAUUUCUCCCAGCAGUUCGUGACUUUAUUUCAGCAAUGGGAUGUAGAUGUGCAGAAAGCAGAGGAACAGGAAGAAAAACUUGCGAACAUGUUUCGUCAGCAACAAAAAGUUUUUCAACAGGCAAGAGUAGUUCAAAGCCAGAGACUGAAAACCAUUAAGCAACUGUAUGAGCAAUUCUUGAAGAGCAUGGAAGAACUAGAGAAAACCAAUGAAAAUCUUCUAGCUGGUGCACAAAAUGAACUUCGCAAAGAAAUGGCUAUGUUGCAGAAGAAGAUUAUGAUGGACACUCAACAGCAGGAGAUGGCAACUGUUCGCAAGUCUCUUCAGUCCAUGUUAUUCUGAUGGCUCAAUGGAGAAACAACUUGUACCUAAGUAACAUGAUACAAGUAUAGGCAUUAGCCGUAGAGAAGUUACCUUGAGAUGAUUUAAAUGUUUUAAAGUUCCUAUUAAAUGCUUUAAUGGAUUGUUCUAACCUUAUGUCUGAUAAUCUUUUGAGAAGGCAUAUUGGGAAAUUUAUUACUUUGGGGAGGAGGGAGAGGUAGCAAACCCUGAACUAAUUCCUGUCUGUCCAAUAUUUAACUACUUAAUAUGCACUUUCAAUAGCAUUGGACUGUUUGCAUUGUUUCACUUUCUAUAAUGCCAAAUUCAGGCAGAAUUGAUGAAAAAUGCAUUCCCUAAGUCUUAUAUAAUAACUUUAGACAUUGGUGCACUACAAAUAGAAGCCUUUUUCAAAGGCUACAGAUUCAAGAUUUUCGUAGUUUCAACAUCUAGCCUCCUGAGCUGUCAGCAGUUAUAAGGGUUCAUAGACUAUGACAUAGCUCAUGUAAGAUUGUUUAGUGAUGUGUAUUAUAGUAAAUUAAAUCAUUAGGCCUUUUAUCAGUACAGGCAUUGUAAUAUCUUUGUACCAGUAAGAUUGAUGAACUGUUAUUUGUCCAAAUGUAGGUUUCUUUAGUUGCACAAUGAGCUUAAUACCACAGCUUUACAUGACAUCUGCUAAAGUAAGCUUAAUUAAAUUCAUUGCUUAAUUAAUUCAUUGCUAUGAAUUUCUUGUAGACCACUGCUGAAGAAAUCUAGCUCACUUAUUUGGUACAACCUAUUAAAAGGCUUGAGACGGAAUAAUAAUUUUUGCAAUUUCAAAUGAUUAGCAGUUCAGGGAGGCCUGAUUUAAGGAUAAAGCAUUUAUCUUUCAUGUAUCUCAUUACAGUCAAUCAGUACAAAUUAAACAGCCAGACUAGCCUGUGUGCAGUUUGUUUUUAUAGCAAGCCAUUAUGUCCAAAUAUCCACUUUUACAAAUUAGGCAGUUCCUAAAAUACUUAGUUGUUAGACUGAACAUAAUCGUAGAUAACACAAAAGCCACCCAUACAUGCAAAUGUGGUGAUUUUAUAACAAUGUAUUUCAAAAGCAGUCCAUACAGCUUCUUCUCCUGCAGAAUCCAGUUAUCUGAUGACAGUUCAUAGGUUUGGGGAGGCAGAUUAGGGAUAGCUAAAUUUUCUGUUAGCUUGCAACUGAAGUUGAGCAAGUAACCUGUAUGGAGCUGUUUUGUUCUGUGUCUGACAGGACUCAGACAGAGCAAACACAGAAAUUACAUUGCUAGAAUGAUGUAUGAGGUAGUAUGGGCGUGGUGGGAAUCAGGUAACUACUGCUGCUGAUUUGAGCAGUGGUGCUCAGGUUCAGUAUUUAAGGAUGACUACAUGAUGCCACAAAAUACAGUUUAAACAGUUUUUGCUUCCAAUCUUCAGUACUAGGUUGUUACUAUUAUUUUUUUUUCUGAUUUCUGCGGUAGUUUCCUAUCAUUUAAUUUCUUUACUUCUGUCAUAUCUUUAAAAGCACUUAUACCUUCUACUACAUUACAUUUUUGAGGUUUCAGGGGAACCAAACCGCCUCAUCCUAAGAAGUUGCCUAUGCAUGUGCUUUUACCAGGUGAUUAACUUUUUUAUAGCAUUCAGACAAACUGAAUUGGCCUUCACCAUUUUCCCUUUUAUUUAGAGCCAUGACCUGCAUUUAGGUUAAGUUCAGGUGUAGAUGCUGU